AAACCCCAAAACCAAAAAGGCCAAAGAUCGUCUCCUCUUGGAUUCUGUUUCCUUCCUAUCAAUUUUGAUUUUUUUCCUUGUUUUCAUCCGAAAGCAAAUCCCAGAGCUUAGUAAAGGAAGAAAAAGCGAGAGAAAAAAGAAAGCCAAACAAUAAAGUAAAGAUUGUUCGAGCUUUCGUCUGCUUUUGGUAAUUUUUAAUUUCAAAAGGAUUCAAAAGCGCUCUUGAUUGGUGAAGAAAUUCAAGUCAUGGGAAUUGCUGUUUCUGGCUUCUGCCUCCCCUCGCUCCUCUUUUACUUUUGGGAAAACAAAAGGCUUUGAUUUAUAUUUGAUGGUGGGUGGUUUUUGUGGUUGAAGAUUUUUGGCUGCAGUGAAACAAUAUGAGGAGUGACAUUAAGAUAGAAAGGGGGAGGAGAGCUGGAAAGGGGAGGAAUAAUAUUAGGAAGAUAAUGAAGUGUUUAUGUUCUGGAGAGAAAUUAAGACCUAGGGACGAUUUGAUUCCAUCAUCCGAAUCACCUUCCGCUUUGGAGAAUUCAGCAAGUGAACGCUCUUCGCGGCCUGGUGAGAUCGUCAAAAAGCCAGAAAUCGGCAAUAUAGAAGAAGCCGAGUCUUCGCUUCGUGAGAGUGGUUGUUUGAAUUAUGAGGAAGCAAGAGCAUUGCUGGGAAGAUAUGAAUAUCAAAAAGGAAAUAUUGAAGCUGCUCUUCAUGUAUUUGAAGGAAUAGACAUCACUGCAACAACUAGUAAGAUAAUGAUCUCCAUAGCUAGAAGAGGAGAACGCCAAAGAAGACGGUCACAAAAUUUUACGACCCCUCCUAUGUCUAUGCAUGCUGUCAGUUUACUCUUGGAAGCCAUCUUCCUCAAAGCAAAAUCAUUGCAAGGCCUUGGGAGGUUCGGAGAAGCUGCUCAAUCUUGCAAAGUUAUUCUGGACAUACUUGAAUCUUCAUUUCCCGAAGGCUUGCCUGAAAACUUUGGUGCUGAUUGUAAAUUGCAGGAGACAGUUACAAAGGCGGUCGAGCUGCUUCCAGAACUAUGGAAACUAGGUGGUUCUUCUCAAGAAGCGAUCCUUUCGUAUCGGCGGGCACUUCUUCACCAGUGGAACCUUGAUGCAGGAACCAUUGCUCAAAUUCAGAAAGAGUUUGCCAUUUUUCUUCUGUACAGCGGUAGUGAAGCAUGCCCUCCGAAUCUCCGGUCCCAAAUUGACAGCUCAUUUGUACCAAGAAACAAUAUUGAAGAAGCUAUACUCUUAUUUAUAAUAUUACUUAGAAAAUUUGUUCUUAAAAGGAUUGAUUGGGAUCCAUCAAUCUUGGAUCACCUGUCCUUUGCUCUAACAAUAUCAGGGGAUACAAGAGCUUUGGCAGGUCAAAUAGAGGAACUGCCUCCCGGGACUCUACAUCGAAAAGAAAGGUACCAUACUCUGGCUCUCUGUUAUUACGGAGCGGGUGAAGACUUGGCUGCUUUGAAUCUGUUGAGGAAACUGUUGGGUAGUCAUGAGGAUCCUAAAUCCGUUCCUGCUUUAUUAAUGGCAUCAAAGAUUUGUGGAGAGAACUGCGACCUUGCUGAAGAAGAAAUGAGUUUUGCUCGUAGAGCUCUUCAAAACUUGGAUGCUGGAUGUGAUCAAUUGGAAAAUGUUGCCAAUUGUAUGUUGGGCGUCUCACUUUCUGUAUGUUCUAAAUCAGCCGCUGCUGAUUCCGAGAGGUCCACCAGACAAUCCGAGGCGAUACAGGCACUGGAGGCUGCACGGAAAAAGACUAGAAUGACCGAUCCUAAUGUCCUCUACCCUUUGAGUCUAGAAUACGCUGACGAGAGGAAGUUAGAUUCGGCACUUUAUUAUGCAAAGCAGUGCCUUAAACUGGAAGGUGGAUCUAAUGUUAAAACUUGGUUACUACUGGCUAGGAUUCUCUCUGCUCAAAAACGAUUUGUGGAUGGUGAAAGUAUCAUAAAUGCAGCUCUGGAUCAGACAGGGAAAUGGGAUCAAGGCGAACUGCUUCGAACAAAAGCGAAGCUUCUAAUUGCACAGGAUGAAUUGAAAGGUGCUAUUGAGACUUAUACUCAGUUACUUGCUGUUUUCCAAGUUCAGAGUAAAAGUUUUGGCUCGGGAGAUAAGAAGCUACAUAAGAGCCGCAGAAACUAUGCUAGAAGUUUGCAAUUGGAAGUGUGGCAUGAUUUAGCUCUAGUUUAUAUAAGGCUCUCACAGUGGCAAGAUGCCGAGGCAUGCGUUUCGAAGUCGGAGGCCAUCUGUUCUUAUUCAGCUUCUAGAUGUCAUAUCACUGGUGUGCUUUAUGAAGCAAAAGGCUUGUACAAAGAAGCUCUGAAAGCUUUUGUGGCUGCUCUGGACAUCGAUCCCAUCCAUGUCCCGAGCUUGGUUUCGUCUGCCAUGGUUAUCAAACAACUCGGCCACGGAUCGCAUCCCGUUAUACGAAGCUUUUUGAUGGAUGCUCUACGGCUCGACCAGACGAACCAUGCAGCAUGGUACAAUCUUGGGCUAUUCUACAAAUCUGAAGGUACCAAGUCAUCGUUGGCAGAAGCUGUUGAGUGUUUUGAGGCUGCAACUUUUCUUGAAGAGACUGCUCCUGUUGAACCCUUUAGAUAAAACAGAACUGCUCAAGUAUUCUUUUAAACAAAUUAUUUUCCUUGUGUAUCUUCUGCUUUCAAAUAUAGUUUAUACCCUCAUAUUGUACAACAACAGAAAGUCAAUAAAUGGAAAAGUUUCUUUCUAUGAUUCUUUA